AUGUGUGAUAUAGAGCAGGGUGCAGCAACAUUACUACAAGAGCACGACUGGUAAAGACAGAGGGCGUGUGUAACACGGAAUCAUAUUCAUUGGCAUCGAAUGACAAAAACAAGUUAAAUGACGUUGAAAGGAGGGGGGGGGGACUCGUGGGGGGAUACUGUAUUAGUCAGAUUUCUAAGACACCUGAAAACGUGUUUGGUGUGUGUGAUGCUCGUGCAUGUAUCAAACUAGCUGCACAGUUCGGUCCUGGGGAAUGACACCAGUACACUGUCAUUGCUUUGUGUUGAAGGAAACGCUUACUGUAAUGUACACGAGGCAGCCUUAAGGUCUUCUCUCAAAGAGUGAGGAUAGCGCAUUGCCCGGAUACCUGAAGGACCUGCUUUGGAUAGCUCAUCUAUUGACGGAAUUUAAAAACACCUGCAAUUACUUUAGCAACACCAGGGACAUAAACCAUGGACAACAGUCCAGGUGGAGGAGUGAUCCUCUAUGCAGGAUCAACAGGAAGCCCCAGCCCCAGUCCCAGUCCAGGAAGCCCCUCCAGUGGGUACCAGACCCAGUCUCCAUCCUCUCAGCCCUCAUCCCCAGAGGAGGUCUCCUUCACAGACCUUGGCACCUUUACAAAAAGUCCAACAAGAAUCACUGGAGGCAAUAAACUGGUGUUUCAAUUUCCCGAGGUGAGCAGCGAUGCUGCUGUCAACCCUGUUACGCCAACCCUUACAUCAUCAGGGCAAAAUACAUACACCCACCCCCUUGUCGGCAGGAGACCCUGUGGGUACACGGGUGCCUUUACCAAAACAGGUGGCAUGGUGUUGCUUUGCAAAGUAUGUGGGGAUAUUGCAUCAGGAUUUCACUAUGGUGUUCACGCAUGUGAGGGCUGCAAGGGUUUCUUUCGCCGCAGUAUCCAGCAGAACAUCCAUUACAAGAUGUGUGUGAAGAACGAGAACUGUUUGAUCAUGAGGAUGAACCGUAAUCGCUGUCAGCACUGUCGCUUUAAGAAGUGUCUCGCUGUCGGCAUGUCCAGAGAUGCUGUGCGGUUCGGACGCAUUCCAAAGCGUGAGAAACAACGACUGCUGGACGAAAUGCAAAGUUACAUGAACAGCCUCAAUGAAUCAGUGUCCAUGGACUGUACCACACCCACAGACUCCCCCACCAGCCCGAGAGAGGGCCAAUCAGAAGAGGCCAUGUCACAAGCUUAUUGCAACAUCUUUGCGAAUGAGGAGAAGUUUGUGAAGAUUAGCAAUGAUGACAUCAAUAAUAACAAUCCUUCCGGCUACAUUGAGUCUCACACUCAGUCCACAACAAGCUGUCUCACCCAAUCCAGAUGCCCUACUGCCAACCACCACAACAAACCAGCAGCCCACGUUAUUGACAACAGUCAUUAUCAUUUCCCACAGUCCUCCAGUCCAAGCCAGGGAACCGCCCCACUUCAGAGCUGUCCGCCCAAUCACAAUGAUUAUUCCUAUCGGACGUCUUGUCCGUGGAGACCAAGUCUCGGCGCUAAAGUUUUGGCAUGUCCUCUCAAUGCUUGGCCCGUCUCCUCAGCCAGUUGCUCAAGUCAGCAGGUUUGGGAGGCGUUUUCUCAGUGCUUUACUCCAGCUGUUAAAGAAGUGGUGGAAUUUGCCAAGGGCAUCCCAGGGUUUCAGGCCCUGAGCCAACACGAUCAGGUCUUGUUGCUAAAGGCAGGAACCUUUCAGGUUUUAACGGUGAGGUUCUGUUCACUGUUUGAUGCCAAGGAACGCACUGUAACAUUCCUAAAUGGUCAGACGUACCCGCUGGCAUCGCUGCGAGCCCUUGGCAUGGGCAGUCUUCUUGAUGCUAUGUUUGAGUUCAGCCAGAAACUGGGGAACAUGAAUUUGGAGGCAGACGAGGUGGCACUCUUCAUGGCUGUGGUGCUGGUUUCUGCAGAUCGUUCAGGUGUUUCAGACGUGGGGGCUGUAGAACAGCUUCAGGAGGAUUUGAUAGGUGCUCUUCGCUCUCUUAUUACACACAGAAGACCAGAUGUCAGCUCGCUGUUCCCCAAACUACUGCUGCGUCUACCUGACCUCUGUACUCUCAACAACCAUCAUUCAGAAAAACUCCUCGUCUUUCAUAUUGACCCCUGAUCAGAGACCUGAAGAAUAUACUUUCAUUAAACAAAUAAGCCAUGUGUUACUCCGCAGAAACAUCUGGCUUUGACACAGCCAUCUCACACCUGCUUCGCCACAGGAUAAAACCAACAUGCCAGUCUUGUAAUAGAAGAAGAACAGAAAUCAACAUUUGUUCGACAUUGUAUUUUCAGGAGAUACAUUAUUUCAUUAAGAAAUUUUAAAACAGAAGUUAAAUAAAUAUUUAAUAUCAUUAUAUACAGUAUGGAAUGGACAGUUCAGAUUAUGUGAUGAUGGUUGUUUAUAUAACCACUAUAGUGACUAUAAACAUUAUGAAGACAUUUCUCACUCCAGAUGCUAUGCAUUUAUCAUCAUAUUUUCAACAAAUAAUACAGAGUUCUUAUAUUUCAUCAUCAGCUACCCAUCGGACAAUUUCAAUGCAAUAACUUCAUGUAGAACAUUCCUACAUCCCUUUAUGGACCUUUAUAAAUAUUGUUUUUGUUGAUGGCUGUAAAAACCUUGGUGGUUAAAGAAUAUGUCAUAUAUUUGCAAUAUCCAAUACUUUCUUAUAACCGUAUGCAGUAAGAUCAGCCAUUAUCAGUUAAGGACAAUGAGUUGUGUAAUUAAAAGAGGCCUGAUUUUCUUGUGAAUAACCAAUGUCAUUUAUUUCAGUUUUGCAUGGAUGUGAUAUUUACAAAAGAAAGUUUUUGUAUCAGAAAGAAUUGUAGUUUUAAUGUUUCACCUGCAUUUAAAUGUGUAUUUGGAAAUGGGUUAUGUUUACCCUUUUCCAUAGAGAUCUUCAACUUCAUUUAUUUAUAUAGCACAUUUAAAUGCAACGUUGUUGCCCAAAGUGCUUCACAAUUUUAAAAUCCAAUAAAAUAAAAAUAUAACCAACAUACACGUACGACAACAUUUCACAUCAAACUUUCCCUACUUCAAAGUCCAGGCUGAAGAAAUGUGUCUUCAGCUGGGACUUAAUAACCAAAUGUGAUGUGAUGAAAAGAUGACAAAUUAUGUGAUAUUAAAAGAUUACCUUAUAACUUUGCAAGGCAUUAGGCUCCGUAUUUAUAUUUUCUCUUAAACACAGCACCGUCCUAUUCACACAGAAUGCUGAUGGUGUUCUACAGAACUUGCAUGUAUAUAUAUGCUUAAAUGACUUCCCC